AGUUUAUGUACCAUAUAAACAGGAACAUUGAAUUAUAAAGUGAAACCAACCACAACAAUUCUUCUUAAAUUUUGUAUCCACCAUUCUCUUCAACAAAAAAUCACCAACCAGUCAUCAACUAUGCCUAUAGCUUCAAGAAGAAAAAGAACAAAACAAGCCAAGAAAAAAACCAAACCUUUUACUCUGUCCAACCAACAUUCAACAGCUUCUGUUCAACUCCAAACAAAAGGUUUUUUUGUAUCUGAAAAUCAAAGCAAAAUGGAAGGUAAUUUGAAUGGGACAUUGGAAAAGACAGAAAAGGUGGAAGAAGAAUCAUUGAGUGAAGAUAAAGAUGUAGCUGUUGAAGUAUCUGCUGAUGAUGAUUUUGAUGGAAAAUCUAAGUCUCAAAGUGAUACAAAAGAUGAUGUUGAUGUUGAUGUUGAUAUUGAUGAACAUGUUGAUUCAGACAAGGUAGUGGAAGAGACAGAAAAUGUUUCUGAAACUGUUGCUGAAUCUAGUGAUGCUAUAGAAGCUAAUCAAGUUGAGAAUAUAGUAGCAUCAGAAGAAGAUGAAGAAUUGGAAUUGAAGGAAGAGAAAGGGGAAAAUUUUGAGGUGGAACAAACUGAAUUAGCUACUUCAAAGGAUAAUAAUGAAGUGGUUGAAACAGUUAAGGACAUGACAGUUGAUGAAGAUGAGAAUGUUUUGUCUUCAACUGAUGUGGUUUCAAUUUCAAGAGAAGUUGUUUUGGAGACAAGUGAUCCAAAAUCUAAUUAUGAGGUUGAAAAGGUUGUUCCUCCAAAGGGAAUUGAGGAACAACUAGAUGUUCAAGAGUCAUCAUCUUAUGAAAGUGCUAAGGAAUCUCUUCAACCAUCUUCAAAUGUUGUUGAUUAUGAAAGCAAUAGUGUCACUGAACAAGACAAGAUUGAAGAAUCUAAGGGAAUUGAAAAUCAAGGGAGCAUUUUUGUUGUGACUCAAAGGCAACAAACCUCAUGGAAGAGUUGUUGUGGACUCUUUGAAAUUCUUGGUCAUGGUGAUAGAUAAUUCAAGUUGGGAGAUUCAAAGGAGUGUUGGCCCUUGAGCAAAGGUAUAUUGAGGCAUUGCAAGUCACAUGUUGUGAUGGCACCCUUUUAAAAGCCAACAAUUUAUUUUUAUAUGUAUACGUUGAUUUGGAGGCUCAUAUUGUGAGGCAUGUUGUUUUGCGUUUUCCUGUUGGGUUUGGUUUCAGAGUGGUGAUAUUUUGUCCCUUGUCAAAUUUCAGUUGUCAUGUUGUAAGCUUUCAUAAACUACGAAAUUAUUUUACAGUUGGCCAUCAUAUACAUAUUAUACCAAGUAAUUAAGUU